CUAGCCGCCAUUUUCCGGUCUCGGACUCCAUCAGGCUGGAGGAGUGGAGCCGAGUAUAAACAAGGGAAACAAAAAUUAUAGAGAGACCUUAUUAUUCAAUUUUCCAGAGGAUACAAAUAUACGCAUCAAACUCGAUUUUUAAAAAACUAUAAAUGCAUGAAUUGGAGCAGAGUCACUCUUUUGUGAAUUAAUUUUGUGUGAAGACGUGUUGCAGGCAGCCAUUUUUGUUACUGCCUCAAAAGUCUGUCGGGACUCCAGAAAAGGAUUUUAAAAAUAUAUUUCCCCGAAUCGUGCCCAAGUUCGACCAAGAAGAUACAAAUUUACAAUUUAGGCUCCAGCGCGCAGCUAUUUGCAACAUUGUUUCGAGAUGGAGAUUCGUUUAAUCAAUUAGUGAAGCGACCUUUUCCGUUGUCAUUUAGACAGUGACUGGAGAUUUAUUGUUUCAUGAGAUAGAUACGUUGUUACUUUUUUCGGAAGAGGGAACGAAAAGGGGAACCUUGAUUGAUCAUUGUUGCAGCCAGACAUUCUAAAUGUGUGUAACUUCUCGUAGUUUGACAUCGAGAACUGGCAUUUGUCAUUGGCAAUAAACGAAGAAACAUUAUGCUUCAAAGUUGGCUCAAGCUAGUCGCAGCCUGUCUCUGAAACGUCAAGGUAACGUUUCUAUUGGAUGUAGCUAGCUGAAACUUGCAGCCUUCGGCUAGAAGUCGAUUCAAGACGAGCAUAGGACGACGGCUUCCCCUGCCCUGCCCUGGGUCUUAAAAAUUAUGUUUUAAAAAUCGGUUUCGCGUCGUUAUCUAUCUAGCAUAUUCAGUUAACUAGUGUAUUUGUAUUUAUUAUUUAAACUAAUAUAUUUGUUUUUUGAGUUGUUAAUUUAAUUUUGAUCAAAUAUGUCAUCUGCACGGUUCGAUUCAUCGGACCGGUCUAGUUGGUAUUUCGGGCCGGUGUCGAGACAGGAGGCGCAGAAUAGAUUACAAGGACAGAGGCAUGGCAUGUUUUUGGUUCGGGAUUCCUCGACCUGUCCUGGCGACUAUGUGCUGUCAGUAUCAGAAAACUCCAAAGUGUCUCACUAUAUCAUCAACUCCUUGCCAAGCAAGAGGUUCAAGAUCGGUGACCAAGAAUUCGAGCACCUCCCAGCUCUUUUGGAGUUCUACAAAAUCCACUACCUGGAUACGACUACACUGAUAGAACCUGCCCCCAGGUACCCUAACACAGCGAUAGGCACUGGCCCCAUUCAGACGAUGGGGGGCCCAGAGGACAACCUGGAGUAUGUGCGAACUCUGUACGACUUCACGGGCAGCGACACUGAGGACCUGCCCUUCAAGAAGGGGGAGAUCCUGAUCAUCCUGGAGAAACCUGAGGAGCAGUGGUGGAGCGCCAAGAGCAAGGAGGGCCGUGUGGGCAUGAUCCCUGUGCCCUAUGUGGAGAAGCUGAUGCGACCCUCCCCUCACCCUGGCCAGCCCCCUCACAGCUCCCGCAACUCCAACAGCUAUGGCAUCCCCGAGCCGGCCCACGCUUACGCCCAGCCUCAGACCCCAUCGCCCCUGCCUCCUGGCACCCCUGGAGCGGUCAUCACCCCCCUACCCUCCAUGCAAAAUGGGCCAGUCAUGGCUAAGGCCAUCCAGAAACGAGUGCCCUGUGCAUAUGACAAGACUGCCCUGGCUCUAGAGGUGGGUGAUAUAGUCAAAGUGACGAGGAUGAACAUCAGCGGGCAGUGGGAGGGAGAGGUGAACGGCCGGAGGGGUCUCUUCCCCUUCACCCACGUCAAAAUAAUGGACCCCCAGAAUCCAGACGAGUGUGAAUGACCUGGACCCCAACCAACCAAUCCUCCCCACAGUGACACCCAAACCUGCUGGCUGUCUCCACCCCGCCUGCCAGUGUCACCACGGUUAUGCGCUUGCCUGCUUGAGGCUAUGCCGCAGCACUCCCUGUUAUUGUCACGCCAACCAUCGUGCAGCUUUUUGACUGUUUACAGACUCAACUAAACUCCCACAUCCCCAACUUGGUUACAGUUUGGUCAGUGAUUUUUGCCUUUAUGUCCUUUAAUUUCCAUACCACUGGCCGUUGCCACGGUUACGUGUGUGUUGCCAUGGGUCCCACGAUGCCAUGUCUUACCUGGUCAUUUUUUAAAUUUGAUCUUUUGUUACAUUUUAAUACUUUGGGAUUUGUUGAGAGCUUUCUUGUGUGUUUCGUGUUGUGGAUGGGAGGAGGUUAAUGUAGAGUGAAAGGUGACUGAACAUCACAUGGACUGACUGAGGUCAGGAGAGCAAAGGCAUAGAGGGCUCUAGGUGGGGCCUGAGGAUAAAACCAGCCAGUUAGCUGUCUCUCCAAACAAUCAUUCACUGUUUUACCUUAACCACAGCCACACAUACACAACGGUUGGCCAUUACUUGUUUAGGGCAACUGCUGUGUGUGUGUGUGAGGAUCAGCGUCUCUUGUCUGACACAAGCUGAGCUGACAGGGACAGGAGGACAAGGCAGAUGAUGACAGAGGAGGACAAGCCCACAUGGAUCUUGCCUUGUGGAAAAGCCCACAGCCUCAGUGAAAUGAACCUAGUCGACAGAGUUCCCUUAUUUAUGUUUUCCCAAGACAACAUGUGAAAUGGCCAUAUGUGAUGACAUCUUUUUGUUUUAAUUGUGCCAUAAAUUCAGGAGUGCUGAGCAAGGUGUUUGUCAUAGUGUAUGUGCAUGGCUGUGACCAUGCUAUAGCCAAUGAUAUAAGAGGACUUAUAAAUACUGUUGAGGGGUAAGGGCUUUUCUAUGAAACGGAUGCCUCCUGCAUCCAAUGAUAUUGGUCACGGGAGGUGGGAAAAGGUUUCAUCCACCCAAUGACACCCCAUCAAUGCCUUUCACUGAAAAUGCAACUUUCGUACAAGCAAUCCUUCCCUGCUCUCUCUCCAGGUUCCGUAAGGUGGUGAUUGGUUACACUCCUGUCUUGUUUCUAGACAGUGUUGACUGUCGAGCACAGGACCUGAGGAGAAAACAUGGUUGUCUUGGGUAUGUCUGAUGCCAGAGCUGUCCUGCUCUCAGGCCUUUGUGUGUGUGUGUGUGUGUGUGUGCGUGCUGAUAAAGUGCUCUAUUAGAUCUCUGCUGUAAAGAAGAAAACAGACUUACCCUUGCUGUUGUCUCUCCCCGAGUGCUUUCCCUCAAUCCCCCUGAGCUUUUUCAUUGGGUAGAGUAAUACCAUUGUACAGCUAUCAAUCGUGUGCCAACUGUACUGUUUUUGUUUAUUUUGUUAGCCAGCUGGUAGACUGAAAAAAUUUGACAGGUCACUUUUUAAAAGGGAAAAAAACAUGCCUCUUGGUGUGCAUGACCUCUUGGCCUUGAGGUUUCUCUUCCAGGUCAAAUGCUGCUUUGUCAGUUCUGAUUUCCGCAUUAAAAUAUGAAUUAGAGUUUUGUUUUUUGAAAGCAUCUGUGGAAUCAAUCCAUUCAAAUGUAGUUUGGUUUUCCUUGUCCAACCUCCAUAUAAACCCAUCUGAUUAAGCAAUACAUCAAUCCUAAUUCUCGUUUUUUUGUUAGGUAAAGAUGUUUUCAACCUGCUUCAGAUUUGUUUUGUAAAGGCAUUAAAAGUAUUGCUGUGCUUUUCCCCUCAUGUUUUAAGAGAGCCUCCACGUAUUCUUAAUUCAAAAUGAAAAAUUGUGCCUUUUUAUUUUCUUAUACCAUUUACAUGUGUUAAUAUUUCCCAUGGUUAACACCCGUGCUGAUAUAUGACCCUUUUAUGUACAGAACAAGUAAAUAAAAUGUACAUCUACUUCUUUAA